AUGGCUUUGAUCAUAGUGCGGACGAUAUCACUUGCCCCAGUGUUUGCUUCUUCUAGAAUGCUCCUUGUUUUCCCUCUCGAACCAAAGUUUGAAGAGUGUUAUCUGAAAGAGAUUGAUAGCAAGAGAGGCUUUGCUGUGAGGAAAGAUGCGGUCCUGUCUGUUGGUCUUAAACUUAAAGCCGAGUCAUCCUUCGAGUCUGGUCUUGCUCCCAACCCCAACAGCCUACACUUUCCCUAUGGCAAUGAAAGCAAAGGGUGUUAUUCAUAUCAUAUCAUCAGAAAGGACGAGACUUCAUCGUCCGUAACAUACAAGCAGCGGCAAACCGACGUCAUACGCUGGAACAUGUCACUAGCUGAAUGGUUUCUCAAGAUCGUCCAAUUUGCAGACUGGGGCUUACAUGAGCUUAAUGACCCAGUUCUCUUCAAGCUUCGUGAGGAGGUACAAAAUGAAGAUGUGUACUCUGAGCUGCGACGCUUCAUCACUUUCAAGACCUUCAAACGUCCCACUGAGACCUCUACUGAUGUCACUAUUAACAUCGACCCUCGAUACGAGCAGGAGGCCCGGAAUGAAGCCAUCAAGCAGAUUACGGCUAUCCAAGAGGGUAUUCUCAAGACAGCCGGACUUAUCUGUACCACGCCAAUCGCCGGAGCCCGAAACCCGUACACGCAGCUUCAUAAAACCGCUCGUGCGGUCAUGACUGAUGAAGCAGGAGCAAUGAGUUCGAAUCUCCAUCCUCGGCUACUUCAGGCGAACGAGAAUGUCUUAUUUUGUUCUGUAGGGGGUGCUGGGGGUAUCAGGCAGAUUGAUAUAUCUAAGCUUAGACUAAACCCUUAG